CAAAUGGCAAAUUCUGAACGAGGUGGAACGAUUAGAGACUAUAUUGAAGCUCGUAAAAAAGGUGGAAUGACAUGGGACGAAUUUCGCAAAAUCAGAUCAGAAAGUAAGGGUCCUGAAGUUUCCGAUUUUGAACUUAUCAAAUAUCGCAAAAAAUUGGACGAAGAAAGAGAAGCAAAAUUGAAAUAUGCUUCAUCCACCAACAAAAAGAAAAAGAAACAUAGUCGCCAACGUAUAAAUAUCGAUCGUGAAUUGAAGGACAAACAUCAUAGUAAGGAAAAGCAUCAUAAAUCAACGAAACGUAGGUAUAGGAGUUCAGAGGAACGUUCCUCAUCAGAUUCUGAUCAUAAAGGACGCGAUGAUCACCAUAAAAAACAUCAUCACAGUCAUUCGCAUAAGAAACAUAAGCAUAAGAUUAAAGAGGAGGAACAUCGUGGAGAUACACCUGUACGAUUAUCAGAGUUUCUUAAACAUGGAAGUAGUAGUUCAGAUGAAUAA